AGUCGGCCGUAGAGUACGACCAAUGAAUUAAGAGCGAUAUCUCGUUUCGAAUCUGAUCAGAUCCUCUUUUUCCUUGUCGGUCCUUUGAAUGGAAAUUAGUAUCUGAUAGCAAGAUAAAUGAGAGAGGGACUAACUAACAUUACUAUCUUUUGACGUAAAGCAAUCAGGAGCGACCCAAGGAAGGGARGAAUAGGAUCUACGCGCUACAAAUAUUGGUCUAUUGUUUUAUAGAAGCCGAGUUUUUUUUUUUUCUCUCUCUAAAAAACCCACUAAAUCGUCGUUGCUUUUGUCUUCUUGUAGACGGGAACAGCCACAUCUUGAACCGCACACGUUUCGCCGAAAAAGCUCGAGUAGUUUAACUUUUUUUCGAAGCUGCAAUGUUCCUAUCAUUCACGUUGCUUUUUAUUAUAAUUUCCUUUUCAAAGCAAGAAAAAUUGUCGAAAGUGGUGGAGACUACAAGCGGCCCUGUACGUGGACACGGCGUCUCAAUUCCUAAGAAUAAGACUGUUUAUCAGUAUCUAGGAAUCCCUUAUGCCAAACCUCGUCGUUUUGAAUACCCAACACAGGAAAACUGGACUGAAAUCUUAAACGCCAAUCAGUAUGGAAAGCCUUGCCCACAGGCGAGUUCUCCUUAUGGAAUACAACGUCUUGAAGAAGCGAGCGAAGACUGUCUUAACCUAAAUAUUUUUGUCCCUGAUUCUAAGGGAAAAAACUUGACUGUAAUAGUGUAUAUUGGAGGGCUGUUGUACAGUUUUGGGAAAGCAAAUGGAACGAGUUUUGAUCCUUUGGCCGUUGCCUCGAAGGGAGAGGUGAUUGUUGUAUCUCUGAAUUAUCGUCUUGGAAUCUUGGGUUUUUUUAGCGCAGGGGUUGAAGUUAUUAAGGGCAAUUAUGGACUUGCAGAUCAAAUUGAAGCUUUGAACUGGUUACAAAGAAAUAUUCAAAGGUUCGGCGGUAAUCCUGAUGACGUCACAGUGGUCGGUCAUUGGUCGGGAGCCAUGAGUGUUGGUCUGUUACUUGUCUCUCCCAAGGCUCACGGUUUGUUCAAUCACGUGAUACUGAUGAGUGGUUCUCCAUUGUCUUUGACAGCCACUUUAGACCACGUGACAGCUGUAGAGCGCGCCAGGAAAAUAAGUGAGGAACUCAAAUGUACGAACCGUUCCAAUCUGAAAGCAUGUUUGCAAUCAAAGUCUGUCGCUGACAUCAUCUUGGCUCAAGCAAAGAUUCAAAACGUCCCAAUCUUGUCACCAUUUGCCCCAGUGGUGGAUGGARAAAUCUUGACAGACUCCCCCGAUGUGCUGUUCAAGAAAAGCAAUCAAAUCAAAGUGAAGAGUGUCAUGGUAGGGAUUGUUGAAGAUGACGGAGCAAUAUUCUUAUCACCUUCUUUACCAGGUUUGGCUAACAACAUAGGAUCAGUAAGCCAAGGCAUCAACCAAUCUGUAUUACAUUACGUCAUCAAGUCCAAUAUACUGACAAACACACCGCCACCAGCAGAAAGACUCAUUAGCCACAAGUACAMCAACUGGAAAAACCCUGAAGACCAAAUGGCAAAUAAACAACAACUUAUUAACGUAUAUACGGACGCUUCAUUCAGUGCGCCGGCGUUACGACUUGCCCAGCUUGUCUCACUUCAAGGGAUUUCAACAUAUUUCUAUCACAUCCAGAAGAGUGCAYUGAAUACCACUUUGCUACCCAGCAUUCCAAUGGAGAAGGGCGUUGCUUAUGGUAACGAUGUGCGCCUGCUGUUUGAAAGCGAGUUUACUGAUGAGAGCAURCGCAGUGGUGGAGCAGGGGGAAUUGUGGGUCAAGCAUUUAGGAUGUUGAUGGAGUUUGCAAAGAAGGGUAAUCCAACGCCCCCAAGUAGUCAUUCACCACUCAAAUGGCCGACGUACGCACCUAAUGACCAGUAUCUUUCCAUUGGGAAGUCAAAUAUCUCGGUACAAUCAAAGUUUCUUUCCGAUCGCAUUGCAUUCUGGAAUGAACUGUUGCCUUCCAUGAUGUCACAGUCAUUAACAAACACUCCCAAGCCACCUUUGUCUACAACCACGAGUAGACCUGACAAUGGAGAUGWCUGCGUCCCCAAGAAAGAAAAAACCACCAAGGCUCUGACAGCUGUGGUCGCUGUCAUGGCUAUYGUCAUCGUUGUCAUGCUSGCAAUCAUCGUCUACCAGACCAGAAUGCUUAGCAAACGUCCAAAUGCGCCACCGUCACAACCAGAGCAUUAGCUAUUCUGCAAAAAAGAACUAGGCCAAGUUAUAAACUAUACAAUUUAUAGUUUAGAACUGAUUAUUGAAAUUUAGUYUAAGUGCGACCGGGCACACAUGGCGGUUAUCAUCCGAGGUCCCGUCCAUACGCAUCCGAAUUUUUUCAAAAGAAGCGAUUUUUUUUGAAAUUCGUUUACAUGUGGACGRGGCGUGAAUGUAACGAGUUACUACGCGUACACUGUACGACAUGCCAUAGUAUUUAUAUGGCUUUCCAUUCACUGUCUUUUUACUGUGACAACCUUCGAAACAACUGCAGUGUAUCGUUAUGGCGGCUCAUAUGAUUUAUUUUUUGAAYACAAAAAGACGGAAAACACUGGAUUAAGGGAUAUAAUAGUAUAYAGUGAAACAUAAAAUUGAAUGAGAACCCCCAAGAUAAUCCUUUUUGAGUUUGUGCGAGCAUAGCGCGUCGAGCAAAUACUACAGAAGAUAACGUUAACGUCAAAAAAAUCAYGUAAAUAAAUAGAUUCCUUACCAUGAA